AUGAGCAAGCCUUGGCAUUGGUGCGGCAGCCCAUGGCCGACGUUUACGUGGCUCUCGGUGUGCGCGUGCGCGGCGAUCGUGACCGCGUGCCUCGCGGAGCCCGCGGUCGCCGAGGUCGCCGACGGCGACGGCGCGCUGGGCAUCGUGCGCGACGACCCGCGCCUGUGGAUGAGAUGCGAGGGCGCGGUGUCCGCGGUGAGCGCGGACGGCAGCGACGCGUUCGCUCUCGGUCCGAAAGGUCUCUGGCGCAUGGCCUGGUGCCACUGCCUGGAGCGCUCGACCGUCUCCGCGCACGACGCCCUGGGGGGCGCCGGCGGCAAGGUCGCGCGCCUCCCCGUGACCUGCUGCGAGCAUCUUGCGAAGAAGAGCCGCGUCCUGGUCGACUUCGGAGACGUGCGCGACGCGCGGCGGCGCAAGCUCCUCUUCGCGAGCGCGCUCCUCUUCCAGCGGAACUUUUGGGAUCGACAAUGA